AUGGCACUUAGAUUCGACAAGUUUCUACUUUUUGGCGACUCAAUCACCGAGUUCUCCCAUUACCAGGGCGGGUUUUCGCUAGCUGCCAAGUUGGCCGACGAUUACACCCGAAAAUUGGACAUUGUCAAGCGAGGUUUCUCAGGUUACAACACACGCUGGACACUCCCUAUAUUCAAGCAGGUUUUGGACGCGGAGCUGGAGGGACCGGGCAAAAUCCGCCUAGCAUACAUUUUCCUCGGCACCAAUGAUGCUUCUUUCGGUUUCCAGGGCGUGCCGAUUGAGGAGUACAAGCUGAACUUGGAGACGAUGGUCAAGUUGGCAUUGGAGAGGGACAUCAAGCUUGUGAUUGUGGGCCCGGCUCUUCACGGCCAGAAGCUUUUCAUUGAUGCCUGUGAGGCGAAAGGCAGACCGCUUGAUGGGCCGUUCUCCAGCUCGAAAAACACCAGGGAGUAUGCGGACGCAGCAUGGGAGGUUGCCUUGGCCCACAAGUUGCCAUUUCUCGACUUGUGGUAUCUUUUCCAGAAAAACGGAGGCUGGUCUUCCGACGAGCUCUUGCUGGGCAGCCCUGAUUUGAGCGAGUACUUGUUUGACGGUGUCCACUACUCAGCUCGGGCCUACGAGGUCUUCUAUGAUGCUUUGAUCAAGCUCAUCAGAAAGGAGUACCCAGAUUUGGCCCCUGAAAACGUGCCCAGACACCUUCCGCAUUACAGGGACAUUGACCUCGAUAACUACGAGGAGUCGAUUCUCAACGGGCCCAAAACUUUAGACAAGUAUACAUAG